AUGAGAUAUGCUUUCCCCAUCCUCAAUCUUCUUCUGCCAGCCCUGAUUCUGCUCCAUUGCCUUGUUGCGCCUUACACCAAGGUCGAGGAGUCUUUCCAUGUUCAAGCUGUGCAUGAUAUAUUAACCCACGGCUUUCCUGGGAAUAAUCUAACUCGUGCUCAUUAUGAUCAUUUUGCAUUCCCAGGAGCUGUACCUCGGACUGCCGUUGGUGCUGUAGUACUCGCCAAGCUAUCACAAGGAGUUCUCAUCUUGAAUGAGGGCAUCGAUCGACAGAUUCUAGCUCGCGUUAUUCUGGGCCUUUACAAUGCAUUCGCUUUAGCUGUUUUCGCAUACGGUCUCCGCCGCAACUUCGGCCAGACCGUGGCAACUUGGUACCUUCUCUUCCAGAGUAGCCAGUUUCAUCUGAUAUACUAUGCUUCGCGGCCUCUAUCAAACAUAUUUGCAUUUGGUCUCACCACAAUCGCAAUGCGAUAUCUCCUGCCUGACAAAAUCCCGCACAAUGGACCUGGACGUUCAACUCAAGGUGCACUCGCUCUAGCCUUGCUCACUUUCUCCGGAGUAGUUUUUCGCUCUGAGCUUGCCCUGCUAGUUGCAACGCAGACAUUAUAUUUGCUCACCACAGGUCAAAUUCAUCUAUUCCGAGGCGCCAUCAUCGCUGGACUUGGAGGUCUCAGCGUUGGCCUGCUUACCACCGUACUCGUAGACUCACAGUUCUGGCAGCGCUGGCCGCUGUGGCCCGAACUAUCCGCGUUCCUUUUCAACGUAGUUGAAGGCCAGUCCAGCGCAUGGGGGACGGAGCCACUACCCUGGUAUUUUAUAAAUGCGCUGCCGCGCCUCCUCCUCAAUCCUCUCACCUACCUCGUCGGUAUCCCAGUUGCACUGCGCCAGCCUGCAACCCGAUCAUCGACAUUCUCACUGAUUAUCCCAUCUGUGGCUUUCUUAGCGAUCUACAGCUUCCAGCCACACAAGGAAUGGCGCUUCAUAAUCUAUGUCAUCCCAUCCUUUACAGCUGCUGCCGCUCUCGGCGCUGGAUACCUCUGGACUCACCGUUCGCGCUCUCUCUUCGCCCGCUCUGCUUCUCGACUCCUGGUGCUAUCCACCUUCGUCGUAUUCGUGCUUUCGAACCUUGCUCUUCUGCCCGCAUCAGCUGCAAACUACCCCGGCGCACAUGCCUUGAACGCUCUUCAUCGCCAUCACCGACUCGUAUCAGAUGCAGACUCAUCGGCUGAUAUAAACGUCUACCUCGGGAAUUUUGCCUGUCAGACUGGCGUGACGCAAUUCUUGCAGUACCCCGCCGGCUCAGGCUGGAACUACGAUAAAACCGAGAACGAAACUAUCAAGUCAUCGAGUUCUUUCUGGGAUCAAUUUAACUAUAUCCUCGUCGAAGCCUCUGGAGACCUUGAGUACAGAGAUAGUGAUGAGACCAACUUGCGGAAUGCCCUGCCUAAUUCUGAAUGGAAGACGGUCGAAACCAUUGAAGGAUUCGCUGGAAUCUCUGUUCUGAGACCUGGCGCCCCUGCCAGUGGUACUGCUGAGCGCCGCCUUUUAUCUAUUAUUGGUGGUCAGCGUGCUGUCUCUCUCUUGGAACAAGUACAGGAUUCUGUGAGGAAGACUGUUCUUCAGGGCUGGUGGGUUGAGUUGAAGAUGUUGCCUAAGAUCAAGGUCUUGGAACGAGUUCGUUAG